UGCUGAACACAGAAUCAUUCUUAUUACAGGAUAACAGUUACAUCUUCAAUUUUUCCAACAGGGGGGGGGGUUAAUAUUGUUUGCAAUGUCUGUAUGUUUUGUUUCAAAAUUGUCCUCAAAUAAUGCACUUACAUUAUGUGCCAAUAACAAAGCUUUCAGCAUCUGUGUACACAAAAGAUAUAGAAUAAUCAAUUAUUCAAAUAAUCUACAUUAUAAUAAUCAAUUUUGUUCUUGUCGAGACACGCUUGCAUCUGUCAAAACCUGUUGGGGGAAUUGCACAUAUUGUAGAUUAGUUUCCGCUUAGUUUACAUAGGCCUCAAUGUAGGCCUAUGUAGUUUAACAGACAGCAUUGGCACAUAGAUUUGCCGAAUAGCCUAUGCCAAAUGUUAAUAACGUGCAACCAGGCACAUAAUUGUAGGCUGUAUUUUAAGUUGGGAGAACACAUCAAUAUGUAGGCUAAAUAUUGUUUUGCGUGUCUGAAGUCAUUGUUUCUAAGCAUAUUGUUUAUUUUCCUCCUCAGCUCUGUGUCUGAACAACUCCCUCUUGUCUCGAGGACUGGUGGAGGCGAGCAGAAAGAGAUGGGAUGGAGAACCACACAGACUCGCAUCAGAGAAAAGACGUUCCGUCACAACCCACGGUAACCCACUCAGCAACUGCUUUGGUCUCCAAGGCCGCAUCCAUGCACUGGACGAGUGAAAGAGUAGUCAGCGUUGUGUUACUGGGAAUGGCCCCCGCAGCUUACCUAUACCCGGGCGCUGUGUUGGACCUCUCCGUUGCAACAGCACUUACUCUCCAUGGUCACUGGGGGGUCGGCCAGGUAGUAACAGACUAUGUCCACGGUGACCUGAAGAUCAAGCUGGCCAAAAGCGGUCUGUUUGUCACCUCCAUGGUGACCUUUGCUGGUCUGUGCUACUUCAACUAUCAUGACGUGGGCCUCUGUAAAGCAGUGGCCAUGCUCUGGGAUCUGUAAGCAUGACUGACAGAGGAGAGAACAUUCACUGCUAGCUUGGACCAAUAUAUCCGGACCUGUGUUCAGACUCGUGGGGUGGGGGGGUGUCAGAAAUAUUAAUCUAUCAAGCAUUGCACAGUCAGUCGGUGAACAAGUUUAAGAAAG